CGUUAGUGGGUGUAGAUCUUCACUUCAGGUUUUGACAUGCAACUGUUUAAGCCGCAUAGACUCGUAGAUUUUAUAGCUCAUUUGUGUUUAUUGGAGCGUAUCAAGGAUGUAGUUAAAAACAAACUAGAACGAAAUGCAUGCGUUUAAAAGUGAAACAAACAAAAAAGAUCUGCGUUGGGACUGAUCGUCUGUUUAGAUCUGACCGACAAGAGGAGUUUCGAUAGUCGCUGUUAGAAAUCAAGUUAAAAUCUAAGUGCGUUAUGGAGAAUUGCGUGAUAGCGGUCGAGGAAAACCAAAACUAUAUUGCCGAGACGUGUUUCGAGAGGACGUUUUCAUCGAUGACCGUGGACGAUGUGUAUGAAAUCGCUAAAGCGGUGGGGGCAGAAGUGGAGAAGCUCAUCGACAGCUAUGGGAAGUCGAGUGUGGAGGGUCUGGUGUCUCACAUAGUUAAAGUGUUGGAGCUCUUGGAGAGUUUCGCGGCGAGAAACCAAGCUCAUCAAUGUAAGGAAGAGGAACUAUUGAAGGCUUUUGAGACGUUACAGAUACAGCAGCAGAAGAAACGACAUGUGAAGGAAUGUGAUGAGACCAGCAACGGUACAGAGAGUGGGGACUGGCAUCAGAAGGAGAAGAAACUGAAGGAAAAUGUCAAAGUGUUACAGUCCCAGGUGCAACAGCUCACGGAAGAGAACCAGGAGCUUCUGGCCCGUGUAAAAUGCACACACUCAAAAGAAGACCGCACACAGCGUCAGGAACGAGAAGUGAUGCUCAAGCUGAAGGAAGUGGUGGAUAAGCAACGUGAUGAGUUAAGAGCAAAAGUGCAGGAGAUUUCCAGCAUGUCCAAGGAAGUGGAAGCGCUCCAGGAGCAGCAGGAGCGACUAAUGAAGAUAAACGCAGAGCUCAGACACAAACAGAACAUCAUUCAGACUCAGCUGAAGAGCGCAGUGGAGAGGAGGGCUGACCUGGAGGCCGACCUGUGCGAGAAACAGAAAGAGAUAGAGCGCCUGAACUCACAAUUAGAAAGACCCAGUGUACAUACUGCUGCUGAAACGAGCAGUUCGGCCAUUGACCUCACAGAUAAGAUGAUCAUUGACUUGAAGGAUCCAAAUCGGCCAUGUUUUACCAAGCAGGAAGUACGGGACUUGCUUUUUGAGAAGAACGAGUUGAAGGCCAAUCUCUUUCUAGUCAAAGAAGAGCUUAAAUAUUACCAAAGGGAAAUCCUGAAUGAUGAGAGAUGCCCAGGGUUCUUACUGGAUGCCGUGCGUUCUGCCAUAAAGAAGCAGAGGACCAUUAUAAAGUCUAAAAUGCUUGGCAUACCAGUUAGCGAAUGUAGAACAGAUGAGACAGAUGGCCCUUUGUUUAAGAGGAGUGGAAAUGAAGACAAUGACACUGACAGCACUGACAACAGACCCCAGGACUCACGCAUCAGAAGCCUAUUUGGUUCCCUUGCGCGGCCCAAUCUUACUAGGAGCUCUGGUUCCCAGCCCCCCGGCCUUCCAACAUCCAGCUCCACAUUGGAAAUCAUUGAUCCAGACGAGCAGGGAGGCCAGGAGAAGACACAGAUGCUCAGCUCAUCUUGAGAACCACCGCAAAUGUCAUUCAUCUUCACCUGUGUUAGAAGAGAGAAGUCUCAUUUAGGUUUCAAAUGGACUACUCUUUAUAUCUGGUUAUACAAACAUAGUAUUUUAGUAUUUGUUGCCUAAGCAGACCUUUUUCUAAGUAUAAAAUCAUUCAGCACUUGGCUUUUGUUAAUUUAGCCGAUAGCUAGAUUUGUGCCUGAUGAUCAUGACCUGAAGACGAGUUCAGAUUGUGUCAGUCAUAAACAUAUCGUUCUUGUUUGUCGUUUACAAGGACUGGGUUUUGACACAAAUUUCACGGUUUGAUUCUAUUCUCUUUCACAAGCUUUCAAUUCGAUUACCAAUUCAAUUCAAUAUCAGUUAUUUUGGAUGUAUAUCAGGUACAGUUACAGUACUUGCCAAAUUUUCCCAAGGAAAAAAAAAAUCUAAACUUUUUAAAUCAUAACUUUAACAUAAUAUUUCUACUUCAAUUCGUAAUUUUUAUAAUACAAUUUAAGUGGUGGCUGUCAUUAAAUAAUGAAUGGAUUUAUUCAAACAUAAACGGUAAGAAAUAUAAUUAAUAUGUAAUAUGGUGCAUAUAUGUAUUUUACUAUCUGACUAAUGAGUUUAUGGUCACGGAAUAACAUUAUGUUUGUUUCUGAGGUAAAUGUGACGUUAUGUGAUGUUUACAAGACUUUAUAUUGACGUAUUUGCGCGGCUGGAACACUGAUUGAGCGAUUACAAGAGACAGAAUUCAUAUUGUUAAGUUGUACUCUUUCUUUUAACUCACCUUUGUGUCCUAAUGUGGAAGAAAUGAUCUGCUGCGUCUGUUGAACUGAGGCGCUACACCUAUCUGUCCCUCCACGUUAAACGGCUACAAAGCGACAUUUAUUGUUUGAAUACUGCAAUACAAUGGACAUAAAUUGAAACCUGAGACUUGGUUAAUAUCAUAACCACCAAAGCACAAUGUUUCCGUCCAUUGACUGAAAACAGGCUACACUAAUCGACUCUUGGGAUUUAAGAAUCGAUAUCUUUCCGUAAAAAAAAGAGAGCACUAUUGUUUACCGUUCAAAAAUGUAUAGGGACAGUAACAGUUUUUAAUGUUUUUUAGAAAAAGCCUCUUUUAAUCACCAAGGCUGCAUUUAUUUGGUAAAAAACCUGUAAUUAAGAUAACAUUUUUUUUUAUUUAUUAUAUUUUUAAGUGUCAUUAAAUCAGAAUUUUUAUAUCCUUCAGAAAUCAUUCUAGCAUGCUGACAUGGUGCUUGAGAAACAUUUAUUAAUAUUAUUACACUUGAAAAUUCUGCUUAAUUUUUUGUGGAAACUUAUUCGUGUUUUUUUCAGGAAUUUUUGAUGAAUAGAGAUUUAAAAAGUAACUCUUUUUUGAAAGAUAAAUAUUUUGUAAUAAUUUCUUUACUGCAGCUCUUUUGAUCAAUUUUAAUGCGUACUUGCUUAUAAAUAAUACAUGAAUAAAAGUAAUCAUCUGUUAGGAAAAAAAAAGAAAAUCUUACUGACCCUCGGUUUAAUGUGAGUUUAAUGUGCAAAGACAACUGUUAGUAAUAUAUUUUGUUGAUUUUCCAAAGAUUGUAAACAAAGUUUUUUUUUUUUUUUUGACACUUUCAAGUCAUUGCUGUUUUUAGGGCCCAACAUGUCCACUUUACAGCUUAACCAAUGGCCUGCAUUUGUGGAAGGACUACCUGCCAUAUGCUGUUUAUCAGGAAAUUGUCUUGGAAAGAUGGUAGGAGGGUUUAGAAACAAUAACUAUUGUCAUUUCAGUUGGUGGUGCACUUAAAAACAUCUAAUAAACAAUGACUAAUCUGCAGUGUUUUGAUAAUCACAAUACACCUGGCAUUAUAUUAUAGAUGUCUGGAUGGAAGCUACAGAGAAUUAUAGCAGCUAUUUUUAUAGAGAGUAUAUUUAAUAAGAAUUUUAACCUCAGAUACUGACAUUGUAUUGUCAUCACUAUCACACUGACCCUUUACCUCACUAGGGGGCAUUAGAGUAUAUUGUAUUCAUGUUCUUAUAACAUAUUUUCUUAUAAAACAUUAGCUAAAAAGUAUCAAUUUUGUGUAAUUUUUUAUGAUUUAGCAUGUUUUUAUAUAUAAAUAUUUUAAUAUUGUCAACCAACAUGUGAUAUUAUUACAUGUCAGUCCUGUGGAGAUGCCCAUGAUUGUCAAUCUGAUGUAAAAAAAAAAAACUUGUAAAUGUAAGAAAAAAAAAGCAUUAAUCGAACGUUUUACAUGUUUAUAGUCUCGUGUUGUUCCAAACUUGUUUGACUCACUUUCUUUUGCAGAACACAAAUGAAUAUAUUUUGAAGAAUGUUUGAGGUUGAGUAAAUGAUGACAAUGUUUCUUUUUUGGUGAACUAGUCAUUUACUGAGUUAGCACUUUGCUCUUUUUAGCCAUUCAACUGAUCAGAAUUGUGUGUCUCAAAGCUGUUUUCUUGAAUAAAGAGGCAACAACAUAUGGACGUGAUUCAAA